AACACCGAUCCACCCAUUGCCUCUCCCUGCCGCCAGGACACCAGCCCGGCCCUCGCCCCCUCUGGCCCCCAGCGUCCCCCCGGGGCAGGCAGGGUGAGCACUGUCCCCAUCCCUGUCCCUAAGCCCCCCGGGGCUGGCGGUGGGCUCAGCGCUUCCCCUUCAGCCGUGCCCUCCCCAGGGCCCCGUGGCGGACCCCGGCUCUCCCCCAGCUCGGCGGCAGUUUGACAUGCUGUACCGGAUCGAGGACGUGCCCCCCUGGUACCUCUGCAUCCUGUUGGGCUUCCAGCACUACCUGACCUGCUUCAGCGGCACCAUCGCCGUGCCCUUCCUGCUGGCCGAGAGCCUGUGCGUGGGCAAGGACCAGCUGACCGUCAGCUACCUCAUCGGCACCAUCUUCACCUGCGUCGGCAUCACCACCCUCAUCCAGACCACCGUGGGCAUCAGGCUGCCGCUGUUCCAGGCGAGCGCGCUGGCCUUCCUGGUGCCCGCCAAGGCCAUCCUGGCACUGGAGAAGUGGCGGUGCCCACCCGAAGGUAGGACCAGAACGCACGCGAUGGCAGCACGCCACGCCGCCCGCCGGCCCGACGCUCACCUCCUCCCUUCUCCGUCCCCAGAGCAGAUCUAUGGCAACUGGGUGCUGCCGCUCAACACCUCCCACAUCUGGCAGCCCCGCAUGCGGGAGAUCCAGGGGGCCAUCGUGGUGUCCAGCCUGGUGGAAGUGUUCAUCGGGCUGCUGGGGCUGCCCGGCGCGCUGCUCAGCUACAUCGGCCCGCUCACCGUCACCCCCACCGUGUCCCUCAUCGGCCUCUCCGUCUUCCAGGCUGCUGGCGAGCGGGCCGGCUCGCACUGGGGCAUCGCCGCACUGUCCAUCGUUCUCAUCGUGCUCUUUGCGCAGUACCUUCGGAACGUCGCCUUGCGCCUGCCUGGGUACCGCUGGGGACACGGCUUCGUCCUGCUGCGCGUGCAGAUCUUCAAGAUGUUCCCCAUCAUCCUGGCCAUCAUGGUGAUGUGGCUGCUCUGCUAUGUGCUGACACGUGCUGAUGUGUUCCCCAGCCAUCCUGAGGAGUAUGGCUACAAGGCCCGGACGGACGCGCGUGGGAAUAUCCUCUCGGUGGCCCCCUGGUUCCGUUUCCCCUACCCCUGUCAGUGGGGGCUGCCCACGGUGACCUCAGCAGCCGUGCUGGGCAUGUUCAGUGCCACACUGGCUGGCAUCAUCGAGUCCAUCGGGGAUUAUUACUCCUGUGCGCGGCUGUCAGGAGCGCCUGCACCCCCAGUGCAUGCCAUCAACAGGGGCAUUUUCACAGAAGGCAUCUCCUGCAUCAUCGCGGGGCUGAUGGGAACCGGUAAUGGCUCCACCUCCUCCAGCCCCAACAUCGGGGUGCUGGGCAUCACCAAGGUACCGCCCGGCCUGCGCACUCCCCAUCCCCAGGGGGUUGCAGUCACCUCCAUGAAUCGCCUGCGUCCCCCCGAGCAGGUGGGGAGCAGGAGGGUGAUUCAGUACGGCGCUGGGAUCAUGCUCAUCCUGGGCACCAUCGGAAAGUUCACCGCGCUGUUCGCCUCACUGCCCGACCCCAUCCUUGGUGGGAUGUUCUGCACGCUGUUCGGCAUGAUCACGGCCGUCGGCCUCUCCAAUCUGCAAUUCGUUGACAUGAACUCUUCCCGCAACCUCUUCGUGCUGGGCUUCUCCAUGUUUUUUGGGCUGACGCUGCCCAACUACCUGGACGCCCACCCCAAGGCCAUUAACACAGGCGUCCCCGAGCUGGACCAGAUCCUGACGGUGCUGCUGACCACCGAGAUGUUUGUGGGAGGUACCCUCGCCUUCAUCCUGGACAACACCAUCCCAGGUACGUGCAGCAGGCCAGGCGCGGGGCUGGGGUGGGCAUCCCAGUGCACAGCAGCUGUGUCUGCCCGCAGGGACGCGGGAGGAGCGGGGAUUGGUGCAGUGGAAGGCGGGUGCGCACGCAGACAGCACGGCCUCUGCCGAUCUGAGGAGCUACGAUUUCCCCUUUGGGAUGAGUGCAGUGAGGAGGAGCCGCUGGCUGCGCCACGUGCCCAUCUGCCCGCUCUUCACCGGCUUCACCUGGCGGGCAAAGAAGAGCCACGCAGCAGAUGAUGGCACACAGGACGGCACCGAUGGGACGGCUGUCUGCACCAAGGUGUGACAGCUUGGUCUGCUGAGGGGCUGAGCCAAGCGCUGGGCUCCCAUCAGAGAGCACCGCCCGGGCUGCGAGCCCUCCGCUCCCAACACAGUGCUGGGGGAAGGCACUGCCUGUGGGAAUGGUACUGACUUGGUUCAGCGUGGGGCUGCCGUGACAGCAGGGCUCCCAGGCGCCGGCCUCAGCCCACGCUGCCUUGAGACAUGCUCAAAGCCCUGCUGCAGCUCAGCAGCUUCCAUCGAGGCACCGGGAGCACCAGGCUGCGCCGUGCCCUUGGCUCCUGCAGGGCUGCACAGCAGAUGCAGCUGGUGCUGUACUGGGUCCAGCAUUCAGAGCAGUCCGUUUUAAGGUUAUGCAUUAAAAAAAAAUCCAAACCCCAUGGCCCCGGUCAUUUUUGACACUGGGUUCAACGCUGAAACCCAAAGCUGAAGGCAGCACUGGCUGACAUGGCCCUGACACAGCCAGGCACAGGCAGCCGCUCCCUCCCUCCCCACCCCAUGCACAAAGAGCGAGAGAGAGCUCACGGGAGAAGAUAAGGAUGGGUUAUCAUAAAAUCAUACGACUUGGGUGGAAAGGGACCUCAAGGAUCACCAACUUCCAAACCCUUGCAUCAGGCAGGCCUGCCAGCCUUUAGGUCAGAUGUUACGUGAGGUUAUCCAUGGCCUCAUCCAACCUGGCCUUGAACAUCCCCAGGGAUGGGACAUCCACAGCCUCCCUGGGCAGCUGUGUCAGGUGUGCCAGCACCUCACCACCCUCUGAGUGAAAAAAUAAGUGAAUAAUAAGUGAAGAAAGGAACAGGAGGGAGAUAACCAACAACAUGAAGAUCCAAGUAAUGCAAAUGCAAUCACCUGUCUCCUCCCACGGGCACACCGGCACCCAGCAGGCUCAGUAACAGAAGAACCCUCCCACCAAUUGGGCUGCACCAGCAACAGCCAUAUCCCAGCAUUAUCAGCACUGCUUUAGUCACAAACCCAAACACGACACCCUUGGGAGAGCUGCAGAGAAAGAUAGCUGUCCCAGACAAACACAGCACAGACACAGACACAAAACAAUUCAAAGCCAGCAGUUCCCAAAAGCCAGGGGCUGACUACUUUGUUUCACUGCACUGAUUUUAGCACAAACUGACACAGAGCCAGGGAUCACUCCAAACUCCUCAUCUAGGGUUGAACUCCUGGCUGGAAGCAGAGCCCUUCAGCACCUUCCCCCUGACACCUACAUGCCAGCUACAUACCCCCAGCAGACACCACCACUGCAUUCACCUCUCCAAUAAACCCUUCUAUAUUAUAGAGUUGCCUGGGAUAAGAACAAAGCACAAAAGCAAAUCACAGCAAGCCUGGGUGUUUCGCAAGCUGACUCCAACUGAAGCAUUCAGCUGCCAAUCGCCCAGAGCUGGGUGCACCUGGGCUGAGAGCUGCCAGAGGGAGAUGAGGGACAAGGGCUGCAGGGAAACCAGCUGCCAGUCCUGCAGGGACUCUGGUGGAACCCCAGCUUCAGCUCCAGUCAGCUGUAUGUGGUGCUCUGCUAUUUCCCAACCCCAUCUUUGGGGACUUGAACUUAAACAGUUUCCAAAAACAGCAGAAAAACACCAGAAGAGUUUUGCUACAUCUGGGAAGGUCAGCAGAUCUGGGAAAAGAAAAGGCAGUUCUGGCCAGGGUGGCCAGAAGAUGAGAUGGAUGCUUUGCAGAGCAGCACUCAGCACACAUGAAUGCUUUGGGAGAGCAGAUCUGCCAGCUGGAGAAGACUGGCAAAGCAAAUUGGUUCUGCUGUAGUACUGGUGCAGAGGCAGUGCCUCUCUUCCUGUUGAACAGCACUGUGAUU